GCUCACUGCAACCUCCGCCUCCUGUGUUCAAGUGAUUCUCCUGCCUCAGCCUCCGGGUAGCUGGGAUUACAGGUGCCUGCCACCACACCUGGCUAAUUUUUUUUAUUUUUUAUUUUUAAUAGAGACGGGGUUUCACCACGUUGGCCAGGCUGGUCUCGAACUCCUGACCUUGUGAUCUGCCCACCUUGGCCUCCCAAAGCGCUGGGAUUACAGGUGUGAGCCACCAUGCCUAGCCUCAAAAAAAAAUUUUUUUUAAAAGCCAGAUAUCUCCACAGGUAGCUUACUUUAUGUUAUGGAAAGUGCCAAUUUACUGAGCACCAAAUGAAUACAUAAUGGAGUAUUCUUCAUGUAGAUUAAAUAAUGUGACCAUACUCUCCCUCUUUCCCCUCCAGCCCACUUUUCCCCUUUAAAUAAUGAAGCCCUCAAAAUCAUAUUUGGAAAAAAGCACGGAUCACAGAUUGUUCCUGGGGUUUUGUGUUCCUUUUCUCCCAGGCUUGUCCUUAACCUUGUCUACAUAAACCUGUCAAUUUAUUGAGAACUGUCUCAGAUACUUUUUGGUUUACAAAUUGUUUGACUGAAUUGAGGAAGGACGGUCCUUGUCCCACCAGCCCUCACAAACCUGGAAUCUGGUACAAAGUGCUCCCCAAAGAUACAGAUGCAGGAGACUGUGCAAUUGUGCAAUGUUUCCAGUUACCUCGCGGGCAUUUAAGGUUGGUGACUGGCAGUGAGAAAGGAGAAUAGGGAAAAUGAGGCAGAAGAAUAGCAAAGGGAAUUAAAAGUUGGAUAAAGGGUAAAAUACGUAAAAGCAGAGAGCAGAAGCAAGGUGAAGGGGCACCCGCCCCUUCUUGCUCACCCAGCAAGAAGCAAGAUAAAUGGCAGAAGCUCAGGAGACAAAACAAAAGGAAGAUUAAAAACUGAGUAAAGGCCGGGCGCAGUGGCUCACACCCAACACUUUGGGAGGCUGAGGCAGGCGGAUCACGAGGUCAGGAGAUCGAGACCAUCCUGGCUAACACAGUGAAACCCCGUCUCUACUAAAAAUACAAAAAAAUUAGCCGGGCGUGGUGGGGGCGCCUGUAGUCCCUGUUACUCGGGAGGCGGCUGAGGCAGGACAAUGGCGUGAACCCAGGAGGCGGAGCUUGCCGUGAGCCCAGAUCACGCCACUGCACUCCAGCCUGGGCGACAGAGCGAGACUCCAUAAAUAAAUAAAUAAAUAAAUAAAUAAAUAAAAUUACAAAAAAAAACAGUAAAAAUCCCACGGCCGGGGAAAUCAGGACCAAACCAGUAAGGAGCAGCUCUUUAGGCAUAAGCACGCGCAUUAAAGACAAAAAGUAUCCUUAACAUGAUAAGGAUAACCAGCUCAUUAGCGCUCAUGCAUAUGGACGGCAUAUCAUGCAUGUACUUAAAAUUAUGGAAUGGAGGCGGCUCUCAAGCACACAGGGGCCAAAGUAAGCAACACACCUAUCAUUCAAAAAGGUAGACACUGGCUAGAUAUUAGGCAGCCUUGGGAAGAGAAAAAAAGCCUGGCCAACAUGGUGAAACCCCAUCUCUACUAAAAGUACAAAAAUUAGCCGGGCGUGGUGGCGGGCGCCUGUAAUCCCAGCUACUUACUCGGGAGGCUGAGGCAGGAGAAUCGCUUGAAGCCGGAAGGCGGAGGUUGCGGUGAGCCGGGACCGCGCCAUUGCACUCCAGCCUGGGCAACAGAGCGAGACUACGUCUCAGAAAAAAAAAAAAAAAAAAGACCCAAACUAUACCAAGCUGGGGCUGAUCUUAUCUCGCAGAGGUCAGUCCGCUCUCACCACUCCGAGAGUGGAAUGCUGUGCUUAAUAAACUUGCAGCUUUGCUAUCUCUGUGUGUCUGGUCCAAAUCUUUGUUCAGGACACCAAGAGCCUGGAACUGUGCGGCACCAUGCGGUAACAGCAGCUGUUGGGCAGCGUAGAGUCUAGUCUAGGAUCAAGCUUCGCCUACUGACUGGAGUCCGUAUCCCGGGGGAACGCGAUGGCCAGAGGGAAGAGGUGAGCCAAAUGCUCACGAGGCCCAGCCCUGAAUGAACCCAGGGGGUCAGAAGGGAUGACUGCAGAACUCGUCCCCCGCCCCCACCCUCCGCCCUUGCUCCUAGUAGCCGCUGCAAGAGGCUUCGGGCUCAGGAUCAGGAGCUUACCCCUACUCCCGGGACCCUCUGGCGUCCCCACCAUGUGACCGAGUCUCCCUGCAACAAACAAUGACUUCAAACGAGCUGGGCGCCGGCGCCUGACCUCUGACUCUCGCUCCACGCCCCUUCCCUGGCCACAAACCCGCCGAGGCCCCCCUCUCUACCCGGCGCGCCUACCACAGGCGCGACACCUGCCAAGCCUUGGGACACCGAAACCAUACCUGGGAACCGCAAACACACCACAGACUGCAGACCCGGAAGAACUUGUCCCAGUGUUGACCACACCCCCUGGCUAGGGGCAGGGCUUCCGGCCUCGAACUUUAACUUCCGCUUCCGGUUCCUAGCGUUAACUGUGACCGGGGUUCAGCGCUCGGGUGAGGAGCUGGUGGCGUCGGCAGGUUCGAGGCGAUUCGAGCUCCAGCUAGGAUGAUCGAGGUUGUUUGCAACGACCGUCUGGGGAAGAAGGUCCGCGUUAAAUGCAACACGGAUGAUACCAUCGGGGACCUUAAGAAGCUGAUUGCAGCCCAAACUGGUACCCGUUGGAACAAGAUUGUCCUGAAGAAGUGGUACACGAUUUUUAAGGACCACGUGUCUCUGGGGGACUAUGAAAUCCACGAUGGGAUGAACCUGGAGCUUUAUUAUCAAUAGAUGAGAAUCCUCAUCUUCCUGCCCCGCUUUCCUCUCCCAUCCUCAUCCCCCACACUGGGAUAGAUGCUUGUUUGUAAAAACUCACCUUAAUAAAGACCUAGAUGUUG